CGCCGCUAGACGGCGUUCAAGCGGAAUCGUUAUUGGUUGACUCAAGCGAACAGUGUGCAGACAUACAUGUGUCUCAAUAAAUAACAAUAUAGCUGGCUACAGAGAAGACACGCCUUCGGUCGUCUGGGAAUGAACAAAGACAAAAGCAAUCAACAUAUGCUUCCAAUGGCCGAUAUAUCUGAUGUCACAACAACCCAAUGGAAUGUUUCUCUAUCAAAGUACAGCAUUACUGUUCACAAGGACUACACCUUCAAUGACGACCCUACUAGAUAUGUAAAAGUCUUCUUUGUUGCUUCUAUAUCAAUCAUGAUUAUAAUGACAAACAUUUUGAACAUAUAUGUUGUUUCCAGUACCAAACAGCUUCCAAGGAUAACCCGUAUAUGCUUUCUAAACAUGAGUUGUAGCGACCUGUUGGUAGGAUUGGUGUCCUGUUUUCCUUGUUCAGUCGUCGUUGCCAUUGGCGGAUGGCCUUACGGACCAGUGUGGUGUCAGAUUGCUGGGAUAAUACAUGGAACGUCGGUUACUAUAUCUAUCUGGAGUUUAUCCUUGGUCAGUAUUGACCGAUAUUUGGCCAUCAAAAAACCACUAAGAUAUAGAUCGUUAUUAACCGUCAAACGGACUUAUAUUAUUGUGUCCUGCUUGUGGAUCGUUGCUUUAACAACAUUCUUUCUACCAUUACCAACGAAAGAUUCAUUUCUAUAUUACCAAUUUAGCCAGGAGGAAAUGAUAUGUGGAUUGUACUGGGAAUACAAGUGGUUUUGUGUGGUGACAGCAAUAUAUAUACCUGUCCUGUCUGGAACCAUUUUAAUAUUUACAAACGUGAGCGUGAUGCGCAAGGUCAUUUCAGUAACCCGACGCAAUAGCAGACAGAGCCAGAACUAUUCUGCAGCCCGUACUAACGAUAUCAAGGCUGUUAAGUUACUCAUAGUUACCUCUACAAUCUACUUCAUUGUUUGGGGGCCGUACGUCUCCGAGGUGGUUAGCAUAAGUUUGUUUGAUAUCGACACUAUCCCGCCAUCUGUCAAGUUCACGACUAUGUGGCUAGCCAACAGCAACAGUUUUACCAAUGUCUUUGUUUAUUCCUUUAUGUACAAAUCUUUCCGGGAACGGGUUAAACUGCUCGCCUCUCCAUUAUUACCUUGUAGUACGAAAAGACAUCAACUUGAAUCAGGCGAUAGAACUGACCAAAUACAACUCUCACAAUAUGAUUGAUAUUAUACGUAACCGUUUUAAACUCUACUUAUACCGCAUGUACGCUCAAAUUUUUGUAGAAUUAAUACAAUAAUAUAAGUGCAAAAUAAAAUAUUUUUAUAAUGUGUACAUUUUUGUAUGUGAAGAAAUAAAAGAACAUGUGAGAUAUUUAUUUAACUUCGAUCAUUGGAUAUAACAAUGUUAAAGAUGUUUGUGAAUAAUAUAGUUGCUUUGACAACCUAAUUACGUCGAAUAAGGACAGGACAAGAAAAAAUACCAGGAAAAGAUGAUUUAAUAUUAAAAGAUAAUUAAUGAAUAGUAAAACGGCGCCUCAACGAUAUAUGGGAAAUCUCAACUCGGUAUGAUAGCUAUAGAAGUGAAUAUGUAUGUUGAUUUUUUUUACAUUAUUUUCCUGUAGAUAGUAGGGCCCAAUUAAAUAUGACUUGAAUUAUAAAAAUUCUCAUUGUUAUAAUUCAAAGAAAGUCUAAGAUAGAGUGCUACAAAUUUAAAUCAAUUAUGACCAAAGAUACGAAAUACUGGAUCCCGGCUCGGUUUUUAUUUGCUGUGAAUGUUUUUCGUGCAUUCGAAUCAACAUUCUUCAUAUAUACAUUUGCAUAUUUCGUAUUGCUAUCACAAGGAAAUUUUGUGAUAAAAAUAAUGUAUCGUGAUAAAACAUGUUAAGUGCUAAAACUCUUGCUACUUUCAAUUAAAAGAUAUUUGUUAGUCAUGUUAUUUCUUAAUAUGAUAAUUAUGAUACGUUUAAAAAAAAGGGGGGGGGGGGGGGGGGUUCUUAGUUGAUGAACAAUAAGUAUUCAUAUCUUUUUUACCUUUUAAAUGUAUCAUUUAAGUAAAUCGGUUAGAAAUUUAGUUUAUUAUACAUUAUGUUAAGUAAGAGGAUUGCCAAACAAGUCCAUCAUGUCAGUUUAAUACUGACCUCAGGCUAAUUUGACAUAUAUGGUAAAGUGACAACCGAAUAUCUUACGAAAACGAAGUAGUUAAAAACGAGAACCGGAACAUGAAUGUUUGAAAUGUAGUCCGCAAAAACAGACGUGAAUUGUCAAAAGCUAUGAGGAAUAUUUAUGAUUUCUAAGAAAUGCCCGUAUCAAUAUUCGACAAUUAUGUGUAGCUAUAAUUUCUUUCCUAGGGUGUUGCCAUGUUGCUCCGCUAUAACUACCCAGAUAUCAAAUAUUAUCUAACAUGUAAGUCGUUGACAGAGAUGUAUAAUGGACUACGUAGGCCGCUACCUAUGCUGGGUCUACAUGUCGACCUGACACAUCUUUCUGACAUAUUAUCAAUUUCGCGAGUAGCCAAAGUCCGCUACACCUGCAGUGUUUAAGAGCGUCAUACAGCGCUCCUUCCUGGGAUCCAUUAAUGGUACAUUUGUAUAUGAUGAUAUCAUAACUACAUGUACUGUCAUGGUGUUAUUGUAAAUAAUUCGUUACUGGGGUGAAAAUAUGUAUUAAUAUUCAUCAUGAUUCUAACUAAUUAUCUUGAUAACUACAGGAUAUAAAGAUAAAUCGUUUAUUUUCAAAAACCUUUCUGUUCCAACUGAAUAUGUUUCAACAUUAUGAGACAAAUAUAUAGGGAAUAUUCUUUCUAUGUAUCUCAUAUCGCAUUGUGUUGUAUUCUAAUCCUGUUAGUUAUUGUUGCGAAUAUUUUGUCUUAACAAACAUAUUGUUUUCUCUGCACUGUUAUUUCUUGUAUGUUUAUAGUAUCGAUACUUAUCUCAAUGGAUGUUCUUUCCGUCGUAUUUGUGUUCUUGAGAAAAAGACAGAUAUGCCACGUUGUCUUUGUAUGUUGAAACAUGUUGUCAGUGAAUUGGCUUGCAUGUCUUUGUUAUAUAAAAAAAAGAAGGAUUGCAUUGAAAAUAAAACGUUCAUUAAUCACAUUAUGUCUUGACCGUUAUUUUGGUGUGGAUUUGAUUAUACUACCACGUUUAC